AACUGUCAGUUUGCAAAACGUCGUGGAAGUAAGGAGGUUAUUUUGUGAGCGAAAUAAUUUCAAAUAAACUUCCUAUUAAUAGAAUUACGGCAAAAAAUACUACCGCAAAUGGUAUUGUAUUGUCGUAUCGGCGAUUAAUUAAAUCAACAUGGCUACGUGGUCGAGGUUUCAAAAGGUGGCUCUGCUAAGUUUGGGUGCCGUUGGAGGCGGUUUAGCGUAUUACCGAAUAAACAAUGACACAGAUGAGAGAAGAUCUAUAGCUCACAACGCUUGGACCACAAACUUUACUCCCAGCGUCCAAUGGGAUAGAAAUUGGGACCACCGGGAACCGGAAUGUCUAGUGAAACCAAUAAAGCGGUCGGUCGGUGACCGUCCUGAAGAUGACAACAAGUACAAUGAAAAGCUGGAGAAGGCUAAGAGCCGUGCUGUAAGGCAUCUGUUCCUGAUUAGACAUGGACAGUACAAUAUUGAUGGUGCUAAGGAUACCGAUAGGACUCUUACGGAUUUGGGCCGUCUCCAAGCAGACUUCACAGGCCAAAGAUUGGCCAACCUUGACAUAAAAUGGGACCUCCUAGUCCAAUCAACCAUGACCAGAGCCCAGGAGACGGCUAAUAUUAUAGCUAAGCACUUAGAUAAGGAUAUAGAAGUUAAAGACUGCCAGUUGAUUGAAGAAGGAGCUCCAAUUCCUCCGGAACCUCCCGUUGGACAUUGGAGGCCGGAACCCAAACAGUUCUUCCAGGACAGCGCUCGCAUCGAGGCCGGGUUCCGUCGCUACUUCUAUCGAGCCCCCCCUGAGCAGACGGAGGACUCGUAUACGCUGUUGGUCUGUCACGCUAAUGUGAUACGGUUUUUCGUUUGCAAAGCACUCCAAUUCCCGCCCGAAGGUUGGCUCCGAAUAUCUCUAAACCACGCAUCCAUCACUUGGCUAUCGAUAAUGCCAAACGGCAACGUGGUACUACGCUCACUGUCAGAUACCGGCCACAUGGAGCCUAAGUACAUCACUAGCCGGUAAAACAGGUCUCCAAAACGGUUGUAAAGGUAAUAGCAGCUUAAAACGCAAUGCCAAGACUCGAGUUAGUAAGGAGAAGAAAGGGUAAGGUAUUUCCAAAAGUAUUUCUAAUUGCACAUUACAAUCUAUAGGUAAGGCUUAUUUUUUUUAGUUCACAAAAAAUCGAUUCCGAAAAUAUAAUUUUUGCAUUUUUUGUGUUGAUGAAAAUGAAAUGAAUGUGGGAAAAAACAGUUUAAAACUAAAGUUAUGUUUCUACGAAUUUGCACUUUAUAUUAUUUACUCUGAGAUCUUCAAAUGUGGACGUUCCCUAUAACUUCAUAUAAUGUUGCCAUAUAUUUUUUUUAAUAUUAUUUGCUGUUAUAUGUCUUGAAAUGGUGAACCAUAGUGAAAUAAGCUUCGUUAUUUUAAAAAUUCAAUUAUAUCAAGUCAUUUUAUAUCCUUUUAAAAUAUAAAUGCAUCCAAUAUAGGUAGUUUGUCAGCAUAAUUUUGGUAGGCAAUCUUGAAUUUAAAUGUUUUUAAUACCUAUGUGAAUAAUAAUUCAAAUAACUGUAAUUUUAUAUUUUCCGUCAAAUUGUAACAGUGCACGCUUUUUAUAUGCUUUCAUAUUAUCAUUGUAAUUUUGUUUGUCAUAAUAAUCCAUUGUUUUUUUUUAAUUCUAUGUAAAAAGGUUGUUAGAUAGUUUGUUUUAUGGCUGUUUCAUGUUAUUAUUGUUUUUUUUUGUGUACCAUAGAUUUUGUAAUAGGAAAUUACUGCAAUUUUGUUGAGGAUAACCAUAGAGUAUACUUAGGCCUAAGUGCAUCAACAACAAAAACGUCUGUUUUUCUUAAAACAACUGGCACUUUGAAAAUUAAACUGAAAAAUUCAUAGUGAAUUUAUUUUAAGAAAACGGACGUUUAUGUUAACAGUGAAUUUUGGCCUUACUUGCAUUUAAAAACCUUAUUUUGUAAACUAGCUUGCAAAUGGUGGGUGAAUUUGUUUUAUCAUAUAAAAUGUGUUCUUAUAUGUAAGAGUAAAUUGGUCUUAUCAAGUCUUAUGAAUAUAAUUGUAUCUUCGUUACCUACGCAUAUAGAGGUAAUAUAUUUCUUCCAGAGUACAAGAAUAUCUUGGUUAUGCAACUUGCUUGUGUGUCGGCUGUCGCCAAUUGUAAAACAAUAGAAAAUCAACUGUCUCUCGCGUAUCUGUGCUCCGAAUGCUUACUGAUAAGAAAAUAACAAUAUGCUGAGACAACUUACAUAAAAAAACUUUAUUACUUAUCGAUUUUGAACUGCAGUUUUUAGUGCCAUAGACCAAAUGUAAGAUUAUAGUACAUGGAACAAAUAAUCAAAAUAUUUUUUCGACCACUGUUAGCCAAUAAAUUUGCCAGGUUGUUAGUGCUAAACCGAACAUAAUAUAUGAGACAUUGAGAGCCAUAGAAGCCUCGAACAUUUUUACAAUAUUGACCUAAGGAUUAGCUAUCCAAAACGACUAUUUAAUCUUAUUAGAGGUACUCGGUGGAAUAAAAAAUCUGCUGUCUGAAAAGGCUAUGCAGAGGAUGAUUAAAAACAAUAGUUAAGUGUAUAGAUUUCUCAGGCUUUCAUGGUCUCGUAUAUCAGUGUUUCAAUUACAUAUUUUAAGAAUAUCUAAUCAAGUCUAUGCAACCUUUUGAAUUACCACUCAAUCUAGUCAAGUUUAAUGAAAUAUAUAUUGAAAAUGAAAUGUUUUAACACUAUAUCGAAGUUUGCUAGCAAAAAAACUGUUUUAUGAGAACGUGAGGCAUAAUGGUAAUGUACAUUUGCUCUUAUAUUUAUGCAAUUACCGAUCAAAUGAGGGAAGUUUCUUAUAAAAUGUAAGUACAUCAGAAUAAGUAUAUGCAUGCAUCCAUAUUGUACCAACCUACUAUCUAUGUAUUAUUGUGAUUAAAUCCAGUGAAAGUGCUCAAAUCAACUAAAAACUUUUAUCGAAGCAAUUUUAUUAGAACUUAAAGCCCAAUUUUGAUGUAGACCUUAAGUUAUGAUUUAUCGUCUAUUGCCAAUUGAUAGCAUCUUGUUUUAAAACAAUCUUAUUGUGUCCACCACUUGGAAGCAACUCAUGACGAGAACUUUGGCUCCGGGGGCGUCAUUACGAAAAGACCAGUGUGGCGAAUAAGUACCUAAAGCUAAAAAAAAUAGCAUCUUAAUUAUUGAAGCAAUACUAAUGAUUUGCCAACCUGUUUUCAGCAGUGGACAGCAAUUGGCUGUUGAUGAUGGUGAUACUAAUAAUUUCUGGGACCAUAGUGUCCAAUAAAUAAGAGACAUAUACUCAGUAACUAGUUCUUUUAUCACAAAAUAUUACUAAUCGUGAAUUAACAAUGAGUGCGUUCUACCUAGAAAUUGGGCCUAGUCUAAUCAAUGUGCCUUGCAAUUCGUUGGUACACUGUCAAUUAAUGUAACGGUUAGGCUGCGUAAAAGCCAAUGCAUAACAAUUUUGUACCGUAAACAGACUUGCCAAAUUACCUCUAGCAUUGUAUUACUUAUGUGAAUUUGUAUCUUGUAUAAAUAACUUAGCUGUAAAUAUUUUGUAAUGUUGAAUAAAAUAUGUAUGAAAUGUA